GACCUAUUUUUCCUUGUUUUAUUUUCCAAAAUUUGCCAAUAGCAAUGGUGGACGGUUUCAUUUUUCAUAUUUUAGACAUUUUCAAGGAAUAAAGACGUCAAAAAAUGAGAUUUGGGCUUCAAAGAUCUUUCGUAAAAGUUGGCGAAUUGAUUUGGAGGUCAAAGAUACAGUGAGGAGGUGAUUGUCGGCCAUUUUGACAAAAAGGUGAGGUUGGAGCUCAUUGCCGAGAUGAAUUAAUUCGGGGGGAAUUGCUGGAAUUUUAAGGCAUUUUCUUACCUCUGCCGAAGUAUUACCUCUGAUUUCUUUUUCUGAGGCUUGUGACACUCUUGGUCAACCAUGUCCGUUCUUCAGGCAUUGGAGGAGAAGCUGUCUAAGAUGCCUACCCCUAUACGGCUCAAGGAUCUGAUAAGGAAUAUCCGUGCAGCACGUACGGCUGCCGACGAGAGGUCUGUGAUCCAGAAAGAGCUGGCCAUUAUUCGCAACUCCUUCCGCGAUGAGGACAACACGUACCGCUGCCGCAACGUGGCCAAGCUGCUCUACAUCAACAUGCUGGGCUACCCCGCCCACUUUGGACAGCUUGAAUGUUUGAAACUCAUAGCGUCCCCCCGUUUUACGGAUAAGCGCAUUGGCUACCUGGGAGCUACCCUCUUAUUGGAUGAGCGGCACGAUGUUCAUUUACUUAUGACCAACUCCAUGAAAAAUGACAUGGAUCACAACACCCAGUACAUAGUAGGCUUAUCACUAAGUUGUUUUGGCAGUAUCUGCUCACCAGAGAUGAGCAGAGAUCUAGCCGGCGAGGUGGAAAAACUUGUCAAAUCCUCCAAUGCCUACAUCAAGAAGAAGGCUGCUUUGUGUGCUGUAAGAAUCAUCCGAAAGGUCCCUGACCUCAUGGAGAUGUUUAUACCUGCUGUACGCUCACUUCUUAAUGACAAGAAUCAUGGUGUUCAACUAACGGCAGUGGUUCUCAUCACAGAAAUGUGUUCCCGGAGCCCAGAUACUCUCCUGCACUUUCGCAAGGUUAAGGAGAUUGUGCCAAACCUUGUUAGAAUACUUAAGACCCUCAUCAUGUCAGGCUAUUCACCAGAGCACGAUGUGUCUGGCGUCAGUGAUCCUUUCCUUCAGGUCAAGAUCUUGCGGUUGCUGAGGAUCUUGGGCAAGUCGGACAUGGACUGCAGUGAGGCCAUGAACGAUAUCUUGGCUCAGGUGGCCACCAACACGGAGACCAGUAAGAACGUAGGCAACGCCAUCCUGUACGAGACUGUCUUGUGCAUCAUGGACAUCAAGUCUGAGAGUGGGCUGCGGGUGCUUGCUAUCAACAUUCUGGGCAGGUUCUUACUGAACAAUGACAAGAAUAUCAGAUACGUGGCUCUUAACACUUUACUAAGGGUUGUACAGAGUGACAUGAAUGCAGUACAGCGACACAGAAGUACUAUAGUGGACUGUCUGAAAGAUCCGGACAUUUCAAUUAAAAAGCGUGCAGUGGAACUAUGCUUUGCCCUCAUCAACUCCAACAACGUCCGCAGCAUGGUCAAAGAGCUCAUCUUCUUCCUGGACAAGACAGACCCAGAGUUCAAGUCGUACACGUCCUCCAACCUCAUCUCCACUUGCGAGAGAUAUGCUCCCAACAAGAGAUGGCAUAUAGACACAAUGAUGCGAGUGCUGACUGGGGCAGGCAACUACGUCCCCGAAGACUCGGUGGCUAGCCUCAUCCAGAACAUCUCCGAGACGUCGAACCUACAUGGCUACAUCGUACAGCAGCUCUACAAAGCCUUGAAAGAGGACAUCAGUCAGCAACCGCUAGCCCAAGUUGCAUCGUGGUGCAUGGGAGAGUACGGCGACCUCUUAGUGGGCGGGGCAAUCGAGGAGGAGGAGCCGGUGCAGGUUUCAGAAGACGAGGCAUUAGACUUGCUAGAGUCUGUUAUUCAAUCUACAUCCUCGACGCAAGUAACCAAAGAGUAUGUUCUCCAGGCUAUCUGUAAGAUCAGUGCACGGUUUACACAUUCAACAGAGCGCAUCAAGAAGAUGACAGCACCUUACACGCAGAGUCUAGAUACCGAGUUGCAACAGAGAUCCGUGGAGUUCAAUGCAUUAGUCACAUCGCAUGACAACAUGAGGUCUGGUUUACUAGAACGAAUGCCUCCCAUGGAGAGGAAAGAAGAGAAGCAGGUUAAUGGUGACGUGAAUGGGGAAAGAGAAGACAGAAAGCCCAUGAAACCACCCAGUGUUCAGCAAGAGAGCAAAGGAUUGUUAGAGCUUCUAGACAAUCCCGGUGCACCUGUUCCUAAUGCAGGCUUCUCGUUAUCACCCACACACAUCCAGAAGACAGAACCUACAUCAAGUGGUGGUGAACUAUUAGACCUGCUCGACACGCUAGACCUGAGUGCCCCAGCACCUGUCACGCCGUCCCUCCAGCCGUUAGCACCCGUGUCCAGCCAGCCUGCACCUGUUAAUAUCAUGGAUGCCCUUGGAACAUUGGAACCGAUGCCCGCCCAGCAACCACAAGCAGACCUGCUUGGAGGUCUGGUCAAUAAUUUCACUGGGCCUUCAAUACCUUCUAUCAUUGCCGUAGAGAAUGCCAAUCUGAAGGUCGAAUUUGCCUUUGAGAGGGAGGCCCCAGAAAGAGUAGCCAUCAUGCUGAAAGCCACCAACCCUACUCCUAACCCAGUCACUAGUUUCCUAUUUCAAGCUGCAGUCCCAAAGACAUUCCAACUCGAACUCUUGACGCCUUCGGGUGACGUGAUCCCGCCCAACAACUCGGGUGCCGUCACACAGACCAUCAAAGUCACCAACCCAACCCGUCAGGCUAUGCGCAUGCGCUACAAGAUGGCUUUCACCAUAAUUGGACAAACCAUCCAAGACCAAGGCGAAGUCAGCAACUUCCCCCCGACCCUGUUCUCAUAGCAGGACGCGGAUUUCUUCCUCCAGCCUUUGUUUCUUUGGCAUAGCUAGGUAGGACGUUAGAUAGUGCAAUUAUGCUGAACCAAGAUCCAACAGCGGUAGAAUCUCUUUGCCCCCUUGGCUUGGAUAAGCUUAAGGGACUCGUCAGCAGCUCCAUCAAAAGGAGGAAUAAGGGGGGACAAUUGCGUUUCGAAUUUUGAAGUAUCAAGGAACAAGGUUGAAUGAGGUUUCCAUUGAUGAGAACCUGAUCGUUUAACUGUAAUUGGCACUGUUGAUUAUUUGGUACUCUGUUAUAGGGAAAAUGAAAGCAGAUUAUGGUGAACACCCUAAUCGUCUAUGAAAGUGGGGGAAUAGGAAGAAAGCUGUUUGAGAUAAUAAUGCACUACCAGCUGCUUAGCAAUUCAGCAGCUGGUGGUAUGUUCAUUCCUUAUUUCGAUGGAGCUGGUAAGGAAUGACAUCGCAUAAAUUUCUUUAAAUACUGCAAAAUAUACAAUACACUCUUGUAAAAAAUAACACCAUGGUUUACUGCUUCACACGUGUAACUGAAAACAUAUUCCUUACAAAACUAAAUUCUCCGAUUUCAGUAUGAUUUUGCACACACCUAUGGAGUAGGGUUAAAGUUAGUUUGAAAACCCGCAUUGGUUUGUUCAAGUUGUGUACAUUUCCCUUUGGGAAAAAUGUGGCUUGCCCGUCAUUGAGAAUUUGACAAACUCCCAUUUAUGUCACAGUUUAAAUCUAGUAUCUGUAAUUCUUAACUGCCCCCUAGUUUGGAACAGCAAGCUAGUGAAGGACUGUUUGGCAUUGCAUUUCACGUACUCAAAUCUGAGAUGGGAUAAAAUUUACUUGUCUUUUAUUCAGUGGUCAUGGUGGUCUGGUUCCUUGAGGGCAACAGAAGUAAUGAACUGAUUCCAAAAUACUUACGUUGGUACCAGACUUCACUGGCACACUCUUCGGAGUAAUCCAUCAGAGUUACUAAUACAUCAACAUAUUAAUGUAAUGGUGAGCUUCAGGUUGAUUGACAGAGAAUUUGGACACCAUCUACUGUGUGACGUUUAAGAAGUUUUCAAAUAUUCCAUUUUUUUUCUUUCCAUUGAAAAGAAAUGCUUGUAAUGUUGACACUGUUUAGUAGGUAUCUUAGAAGAGGUCGCUUGCUUGUCACAAACGUUGCCAGUUAAUUUGUUGUGUAGUCAGCUCAACCUCAACAUAUGACCAGUGGACUAACUUUGGAAGUCCAGGUCACCGAGUUUCUACAAAUGUGGUAAAGUACAGGAAUUAAGAGCUUUUUUACAGUUAAUGAAAUCGUCUCGACAUGCAGAAGUUGUGUCUUUCCUCUAGUGUUUUUGUCUUUCUUUCAUCGGUAUCUGGCAUUUGUCGGUAUAAUUUGGUGCAUUUGACAUACUUUCAUUGGUGAUUCGUGGGUUGAAAUACCAAAAUGUUCAAAUGUGCAAGUGCUGGUUACUGAAUCCCGUUGUGUCCAUAUGUAGGACUAACACCCCCCCCCCCGGGUGUGGGUUUGGCAUGUUUUUUGACACGUUGUUAUAACCUAAAAUUUUUCUUACCUUCAAAGUCCUGUUUGUCCAUUUUUGGGGGUAUUCACCUAAUCACUUUUUAUGCUUUGGAUCAAUUACCUGUCUCCAAGUCAAAGGUUCUGUGACCUGUUUAUCUGUUAAUGUCAUCCAGUUUUGAAAACAAUAGUUCACACACAAAUGUUCCGUGUGUAGCUUCACUUCAGAGACCUGCUUCAACCUCUCAACAACCAGUGACAUGAUACAUGUUACUUGUGUAGCACUGAAGUUGUGUUUUGCUGGUUGUGUAGUUAAUGUAUCAGUCUUUUCACUUCCAUUGCAGAUUUUCUCUCAGUUUUUUAGUAGCCUGAUAUUGUACUCGUAGGUUUACUGUCUCCAUCAAACAAGAGAUCCCCCUGUCUGUUUAGGAGCUGACAGGAAUGAGAUCCAAGACGUUGUGAGGAUUGGGUUGAAAGACAUUUGUAAAAUGAAUAAUUGAAGUGGGACUGAGUUCUUGCCACUUUUUGAAAUGGAAAAAGUGGCCACCUCUCUGCCAAUUUCAAAUUUCUCUCUGGCAGAAAAUUAGUUCUCAAAUUUUUUUUGUUCAUUGCUAGUAUUAAAGCAAGAAUUGGUUGCAGAAUUUAAUGGUAUUGUGGCCUGAUGGAAUAAAUGGUUUGUGAAUCCGUAUCUUGAGUAAAAGAUCUGGUACCAGUACAUUCUUAACCUUGAAUUCUUCAAACUGAAAAAUUGUUACUGAUGUGUAUGAUUCACGGCAAGUAUUCACAAAGCAACCCAAGAGACAAGCAGCCUCCGUGUACUGUCUUUGAAUGGCAAAAAAAGACAAGCCAUUCCUGACAAAACAGCUGAUGUGUGAGGCUUGCUCCCAGAUUCACAUGAUGCAAACAACCAACAGUUUGAGGAAAAAAGAUACUAGACAUUACUUAGAGUUAAGUUACAAAUAGCCUAUACAUCUUGGUGUCUUGAAAGACUUACUUGACCACAAGAUGCUCUGAGUAAUUACCUGUAUGUGUCAAAGUUUAUUUUUUCUGUGUUUAUAGUGUAAUUAGGAUUUGUACGAUGAUACAAAUUGAUGUGAAUGUGAAAUGGCUAUUUUGUAUUGUGUAAAUUCAUUGAUUACUUCAGUAUCCAGGACAGCUAUGAAAUAGCUGUCGGCUACUUGGCCACAUGUAAAUUGCUCAAGUGACUGUCAUUCACUGUUUGUAGUUCAUUCAUGGAAAGAAGCUCCAAUUCUUCAAAUGUCCCACUGUAUACUUUGGGAAGGAUUUGAUAAAUAACACAUUGUAAUCGUGCAGGUUUGGCUUGAAAUACAUUUGUUGGAAUGUA